AUGUCUGGUCCGCGCCAUUCGUCGUCCGAGGAGGCAGACUCGUACCGGGACUCGUCCCCCUCGCCGUCUGCCGCCGCAUCCAGCUACCUCGACCGCGCGCCCACACCGCAGACGGCCCAUUUUCCGUCCGUCGAGUCGCCUCUGCUGCCCCAGUCCCCGGACAGCGCAGACGGCGCGACAUCACCCACCCCGAGGACUCCCUCACGCUCCUUAUCUGGCUUCCGGCCCUCGCCGCUCAACCCGAACGCGACCUCCUCCGUCCGCUCGAGGCCGCAAUCAAUCGGGAGCAUGCACCUCUCCCGCCUCGCGUCGGAGGACUCGCAGGCGCUGGGCACCGCGGCAAAUCGCGGCUCCAUGGUCCUCUACCGCUUGAGUGCGUUCGAGAGCCUCGACUCGACCCAGGCACUCCUCCCGCCCCGCCCGUUGACGACCCACCAACGCGACUCGUACGCGAGCACGUCCGGCGAUUCCGUCAUCUCCUACUCGUCCGACUCCAAAUAUCCGACGGGCACAAUCAUGACACAACGCGGCGCAUUGGUACCCUAUGCGUACGACCCUCUGCUCGACGACGAGAAGGACACGAAGGACGACCUACUACACGACGCCUCUGCGCCUGACGGCAAGAGCUCAUUCCCAUGGCGCGGUAUCCUCAACAUGUCAGCGAUCGGCAUUCUCAUCGCAGCCCUUCUCAUGCUCUUCCUGGGAUACCCCGUAAUCACAUAUGGGAGGAAUCACCCGUUCUCAGGACUCUUCGAUUCGAGUGCGAACACAGCAACUGGUGUCGUGGACGGCCUAUAUCCCGUAGCAACACCAUUUCCGAUGAUGACCCUCAUCGACGACGCGACGCCGCCGGACAGCAGGACACUGACCGGCACGGACGGGAACGAGUACGAACUCGUGUUCAGUGACGAGUUUGAGCAAGAUGGGAGGACGUUCUACCCUGGCGACGACCCGUACUGGCAAGCCGUGGACUUGUGGUACGGCUCGACACACGAUUUGGAGUGGUAUGACCCCAAGAUGAUCACUACCACCGGCGGCGCUUUGCAAAUCACCAUGCGCAACGAUUUGAACGAGCACGGGUUGACAUACACGUCCGGCAUGGUACAAACGUGGAAUAACUUCUGCUUCACAACUGGAUACAUCGAGAUCGCUAUUACCUUUCCUGGACCCAACUCUGAAGCGCACGGCUACUGGCCUGGUGCAUGGACGAUGGGCAACCUUGGCAGGCCAGGAUAUGGAGCUACGACGGACGGGACGUGGCCGUACACCUACAACGCUUGUGACGUCGGUACAUUCCCCAACCAGACGUGGGCAAACGGCACAGGCCCUUCGGCGGCAAUACACAGUGACGAGUCGAAGGACGACUACAACUUCGAGUUGUCAUGGCUCCCUGGUCAGCGUCUCAGUGCGUGCACGUGUGACGAUGGCGAGCACCCCGGUCCUUCGAACAACGUCGGCCGCGGUGCACCCGAGAUCGAUAUCCUUGAGCAGGAGCAUAACAAGACGAAGAAUGCGCUUGGUGGUGUUGUUUCGCAAUCCAUCCAGCUCGCGCCCUUCAACCACGAUUACAUCUACGCCAACGAUACGACCGACGAGAUCCUCGUCGUGAACCCGGCUAUCACGCAGAUGAACAAUUACAGGGGUUCGGCCGUGCAACAGGCUAUCUCACAGUUGACGCAUGUGCCGGACGAUAACUUCCAAGGAUCGGGCAACGUAUUCCACAAAUACGGCUUCGAGUACUACAGCGAUCCAAAGGAUGCGAGCCAGGGAUACGUCAGUUGGACGCAGGAUAGCACGAUGACAGGACGAGUUGGCGCGGCUGCGUUUGGACCUGAUCCGUUACCGGACGGUAGUGGUGUCGACCAGCGAUUGAUGUCUGUUGAGCCCAUGGCGAUCAUCCUAAACAUGGGUCUGGCCGAGAACUGGCAAUCCAUUCAGCUCGACACAAUGGUUUUCCCAGCUUACAUGCUCGUCGACUAUGUACGCGUAUACCAGCGCAAGGGCGCAAGCUCGGAUAACGUCAACAUCGGCUGUGACCCCCCGAACUUCCCGACGAUGAAAUACAUCGAGGAUCACAUCACAGCUUACACCAAUGCCAACCUGUCAUUCUGGGAAGGAGAUGCGUCUGUCGGCGGUGCAGGUUACACCAAGCCGAAAAACAGCCUGUACUCUGGCUGCUAA